AUGAGGUCAGCUGUAGGCAAUGAUGGGCUUACAGGAUUAUCCAAACAACAGGUUCUAGAAAAAUUAAUCACUACUACAGAGGACAUUCAUACUCUUGCAAGAACUAUUAUAUACUAUAAAUUACUACUGCAAUUUAAAGUAUCAUUAAAACAAAUUCAUCUUGACUAUAAUCAAUAUUACUAUCCAGAAGCUGAAAAUUUCUUAAUUAAGCAUCUUAAAAUAUUAAUUUCUGCACAAUAUGAUGAUGCACUCUUUAUUCAAAAUACUGAUACUCCUACAUCUCAAGAAAAUAAAGAAAAUACUGAUACACUUAUUUCUCAUAAAAAUGAUGAAAAUAUCUUGACAUCUCCAAAAGAAACUGAAGAAGCACACAACAAUACAACUUCUACCUCUUCUGAGAAAACCAAUAAAAAUCCUUUUCAAUAUAGGCUAUUUUUAGAGGAGAAUGAUGAUAGUAGGUGGGCAGUAAAGCCUAUUGUAGUGAAGGACCAAGCAUAUGAUGGCCAGACUCAAUGA